UUUUAAUUCUCCCUUUGUACCAAAACUAACAUCAUGCCUGUCGUCGCCGCCACCUGGACGCUGCAAAGCACCCCCUCCCAAGCAGCCGAAUCGUGCUUCGGCCUGCAGCAGGAGGGCGGCGAAUCCGUCUUCGAAGACGAGCGCCAGCUCGUUGACCCAAUGCACCUUGCCCCCGGGGGCAAAUACCGCUCCAUCGUGAAACUCUUCAUGCACUACGCCGGCCAAACCCCCAACGACACCCGCUACGCGAUGGGCACGGGCUGGCUCAUCCGGGACGACCUCCUCGUGACGGCGGGCCACUGCGCCUUCGACUGGAAGGAGGGCUUCGGCCGGGCCAACGAGGUCAAGGCCUACAUCGGCUACAACGGCAAAGGAUCGAUCGACAGCCGGUCGGCGAACGUGCAGUUCCGGCACGGGGUCCGCAUCGUCACCACUGAGGGGUGGCUGCAGUCGUCCUCGAACCGCCACAACGACUUCUCCGACACCCCCGUGGCGGGCUCCGACACGAUCGGGGUGGUGGGAUACCCUGGUGACAUGCGGUACAAGGGCGAACCGGGCGCGCAGAUGUACGAGGAGUUCAAGGCCGUGCAGUGGAACCGUCAGGCGGCUGCGAAUAACAUGCUGGAGUAUCGCAUCGAUACUUACAAAGGCCAAUCCGGCUCUCCCGUCCUCCUCGCAAACCAACCCCACAUCUCCAUCGGCGCCCACGUCUACGGCGACGUAGGCAACAACUCCGCCAGCCCGAUCAGCCGCACCAGUUCUACCACCGAUGACCUCCUCCUCGGCAACCCCUACGCAGACUACAUCAGCGUCUUCGAGAGCUCCCAAACCUACCCCGUCCAGAAAGCCGACCCGCAAACCGGCAUCCAGUACCUGGUGGUCGACCGCCUCGGCGAGCGCCAGACCCGCACGGCCGAAGAGAACUUCUGGGACGACCUCAAAGACGUCCUGCACGUCGGCGCGCCCAUCGUCUCCGGCGCCCUGACGACCGUCAGCCCGUUCCUGGGGCCGAUCGGGGGCUCCGUGGCCGCGCUGGCUGGCACGGCCAUCUCCGCGGCGGCGCAGAAGUGCGCGGAGAGUGGGUUCGUGGACUCCACUCCCACCACCACUACCGUUCUCAAUGGUCCCAGCACGGCCCUAUCUGGAGGGAAUUCGUCCCCCGGCUCGGCGCAGGAGAGCAUCCUGGCCGAAGCAGCCCUGCAAGCCUUCCUGAAAGCGGACGCGGAGAAGAUGAAGGAGCUGGGGAUUAGCACGAAGAUCAUGGUCGAGUACCAGAAGGCGGCGGCGGACGCAGAGGCGGUGGCGCCCCGGCUUCUGCCCGCGGUGGUCAUGCCCGCCGCGCUGCAGGUCGUCCAGGAUGUGCUGGCGGGCACCAGCACCGAGUCCGCCAUGGUGACCUUCGGCACGGCGUCGGCGGCCAAGGUGUCUGCGCUGCGGGCAACUUCAUCAUCUUCGAUGGCCUCGUUCACCGCCACGAUGGCAGGUAAUGACAGAGACGCCAGUGCUGACCCCUUCACUACACGGCUGGUCCGCGCGGCGCAGCAAUCAUCCGGCGACGAGAGUUUCUGGGGCACAUUUAGCACGGUCCUAUCGGCGGCGAGUCAUGGGGUCGGGGCCGUGCAGACGGGGCUGUCGGUCGUGAGUCAGUUGAUUCCUUACACUAAGGCCAAGGGGGCGGAGAGUGCCUUCGAUACUGCCAUUGAGGAGGAGACGCCCAUGGACCAGCAGAUGAAGACCCUGGGUCGUCGCGCGCUGCUGGCCGGGGCGACCUUGCGUGUGCUCCGCGAUCUGCCCGCGAGCGAGGAGGAGAGCUUCUUCACGGCGAUCCAGUCGGCGGUGCAGAAGAUCGGGCCCUCGGUCAUGAAGUACGCCCCCGUCGUGGUCUCGGCCGUGCGGCCGGUGAUCACCGCGUUGGCGGCGCCGAAGUUGCAGCAGCAGCAGGCGGAGGCGAUGGUGACAGAAUUUAGCAAUGGGGAGUCGAGCUCGCGCGGAUCGAACGGGCUGGUGGUGCCGCGCGUGGUCCGGAAGAAGACAAGUCAGAGCUUCUAUGAUAGGGUCAUGGGGACGGCGAGUCCGACCAACGGUGAGUUUCUGGAUAUUUUACGGGGUGUGGGUGUGAGCUGA